CUACACACACAUGUUUACUCAGUUAUUGUCUAGUUGAUGUUGCGUAAAGACCAAAGGUCUUAAAGGGCAGCGGUACUGUAAAUAAAUUGUUGUAGAAGUUGUCUCUCUCAGUCUCGAAGAUCUCGAAGAUCAAAGCUGAACUGUGAAGACACACAUAAAUUAUGGAGCCAGAGAACAUCUAUUGCAACAGUGACUGCGAGAAUGACAUCAACUCCAUUGACCUAAAAGAUCUGAGCAAAGAAGAUAUUUCCACCAAUACGAACACAGAUGACACCCAGAAACUCUGGAUGAAUUUCAUCCAGAAUGAAGCAGUUUGUUACAAAAGAAGCAGAUGGUUUGCGAUGGUUGCUGCGCUUAUUGGUCUCAUCUGUGUUUUACUGGUGGCUACCAUCAUACUGGUGCUGUAUUUCCAUUUGACAUUAGAGAGAGACGUGACUGUAGAGAGAGAAGAGCAACAGAAAUACAUUAGCUUUAUAAGUCAGAAGGAAGAGGAUUUAGAGAACCAGGUCGAAGUUUUGAGUGAUGCACUAAGGCAGAGUAUUUCUUCAUCAGGUUUUGUAGAAACUGGGUCAUGCUGGUACUACAUAUCCACUGAGAAGAAAAGCUGGUUUGACAGCAGGCAGUUUUGUAGGGAUAUUUGUGGAGAUCUGGUCAUUAUCAACACUGAAGAAGAACAGAGAUACAUAUCUUCAAUCGCCAUGGACAGAGUGUGGAUUGGCUUGUCUGACAUAGCAGGGAAAGGAAUCAUGACAUGGGUGGAUAAUUCAACACUGAAUAAUAGGUUUUGGGACCAGGAUUAUCCGAAUUACAACCUUAGGAAUGAGUCCUGUGUUGAAAUGAGGCCUUUAAAACCUAUCCUAAACAACUGGAAUAAUCUUCAGUGCUUGGAGUCAAGAAAAUGGAUUUGUGAAGUAAAAAAAUGAUUAUACAUAAGAUCAUAUAUAUUGCAUUUACACUAGUUUCUGAUAGAUGCUUUUGUCCUUUAAAACGAUGGCAGCUAAAAUAGUUUAUAUAUAAUCUGUUUUAAUGCUAUUCAUGUUGUAUAAUGUAAUGAAGUAAAAAUGCAUGUUAAGACAAGAUGUGUAUAAAGGAAAAGGUAGAGAUAUUUUCAUUUCUGAAGGGGUAUGAUAGCUGUGCGUGAAGAAUAGACUGAAAUUGAAUACUCUGUUCUAGUUUUAAGUAAAGACACAAAACAACCACAGAGUCGAGCAGCCCUAUCUUUUAGACCAGAGAGUUUUAGCUUGCCCCUAGUGGCACAGUGUAACUCUUUCCAACUCUUCUGCUUUGUGUCAGUUUAUAACACUUUCAUUAUACUCUGAAAGUCUGCUUUAUAUUUGAAAAAAAAGACAAACUGUAAUCACAACUGUUAAUCAUUGUGUUUCUUGUACUGUAAUAAUUAAAACAGCUCUCUGGAGUAUUGUGCUGUGAUUUGUCAACUGAAUCAUCAAGAGCUAUCGUAUUCAGCACAUUACAUUAUUUUAUA